ACAGGUGUACCCAUUGAUGUGCCACAAAACCCAAACACUGUGCACAGCUGCUAGCUAGAGAAGCAUAGUAAAGAAAGAGGCGCAGGCCUUACGCUAGUGAAAUUAUUUUCUUACAGUUGUUUUUUUAUGGUGACAUCGGGACUUCUUGGUACGUCGUUUUUGCAUCCGUUGCGACUGAAGUCAGCUGGGGUUGUCUCAUGAUUUUAUUGAAAACUGACAAAAAGUGAAGCAGGUGGUUUGAUGUGCGUGGAAUCAAGACAAGAGGCACCAUGAGUGCGGAGCUGGAUGCACUGACCGUAGUGAACCAGCUACGAGAUCUUGCUGCAGACCCCCUGAACCGAAGAGCCAUAGUAGAAGACCAAGGCUGUCUGCCAGGUCUCAUCCUUUUUUUGGAUCACCCCAACCCACAGGUCGUCUACUCUGCACUAUUGGCCGUGCGCUACCUGGCAGAAUGUCGAGCCAACAGGGAGAAGAUGAAGGGCGAGCUGGGCAUGAUGCUGAGUUUGCAGAAUGUCAUGCAGAAGAGUACGUCCCCUGGGGAGACCAAACUGCUGGCCUCUGAGAUCUAUGAGAUUUUGCAGUUAGCUGGUAAAGAAGAGGCGGAACAGGCCGAAGCAGCUGCUGCCUCCUGCCAGCGGAAAGCCCAGUUCUUCCUGGGCUCAAACAACAAGAGGGCCAAAACUGUGGUGCUUCACAUUGAUGGACUGGACGACUCUACUCGAAGGAGCCUUUGUGAGGAGGCGUUGCUGAAGAUUCGAGGGGUCAUCAGCUUCACCUUCCAGAUGGCUGUCAAGAGAUGUGUUGUCAGGAUCCGCUCCGACCUUAAAGCUGAGGCGUUGGGCACAGCAAUCAACUCCACCAAAGUACUGACGGCUCAGCAGGUGGUGAAGACAGAGGAUGGAGGAGAGCUGAUUUUGCCAUUCCAGGAGGACUCGGAGGUACCGGUUGAGGAGAACACAGACAUCCCAGACUACCUGCCAGAGGAGGAGAGUCCGUCCCAGGAGCAGGACAAAGCUGUCACGCGCGUAGGCUCCAUCACAGACGGCAUGGGCUGGCUCAGCACGGCCGCCAACUUCCUGACACGCUCCUUUUACUGGUGACCACUUCCUGUGUUUCUCUCUCUGUCUGCUCCCCGUUUUCUCUAAAGUACCACCCAGCUGCAGCCUUAGUGUCUCUCAGUCUUGUCCCGGACUAAGACCCUGCCUCUCGGCCCUCCACUAGUCUAGACUCCCCUCCGCUAAGCACACAGAACCCAGCCACGUGUGUGCAACAAGUGCUGGACUGCCAAGUGGAACCUGCAAUAACUUUAACUUGUGUAUAUAUUGAGCUACAAAUCCCACUACAGGCUGUAUGUGCACAACUAUAUACUAGCUGCAUAUGUAUCUCACAAGACAUAGCCAGAGGACUCCAGAUCAGCCAAAACCAAAUAGCAUUCUGGAAAUGUGUAUCGCUGCGUUGACGGAGUUGACAUGUGGCAGGCAUGUUAAACUGUUCUGAGGCUGAUUUUGAAUACGUUGAAAAUUGGGAGUUACUUUUUUUUUUUUUUAGCUUGAUUUUUGGUUGCUUUCCUCCUUGUGUCUGUCCUCAAACCUCCUCUUUACUUUAAAUAUUUUUCAUAUUUUUCAAUCUUUAAUUUCUCAAUUAAGCCGAUUUUCCUCCCCUUUUAUUUUUAUUAGCAUGAGCCUUUUUGUGCCAAUCUCGCCUGAUGCCUACAUCUGUGAUUAUUGUGUGUGCCUUUUUGACAUUUUACUUUAAUAUUAUCUAUUUAAAUUCUUUUUUUUUUUUUUUCAUCAUUCAUUCAAAUAAUUUCAGAGCUCCGAGCAUGUAAUAUUUUUGCUUCCCAGGCGGCACUUAGCAGCAGCAGUCAGCAUUUAGUUCACUGAGGGACGUCUCUUCAGUAGAAGUAGUAAACUAGACACCAGCAAGAGGCCGCAGCCCAUUCAGCCAUUGACUCCCAUGCAUUAGACUGUUGUAUACUGAAAGAAGAACUCCAUAGCUGAUUAAUAUACAACACCUCACUUCGUUUAGCUGGACUCCUCUGACGGUACUAUAAUGCAGGAAAAAUCCAUUGUGAGUUCUGCAGUGGCGGUGACUUACAGCUCCUUGUGUUACUUGCACAGACUUUAGGCUACCUCUGCUUUCAGCCCUCUUUCUCACAUCUGUAGUUUUAGUCAAACCCUUGCUCAGCAUGUACAAGACAAACCUGUUAGCUGCCUGCUUGUCAAAAGCUCCCCUGUGUUACCCAGACUCCCACUGACAUUUUUACAGUAUUGUUGAUGCCCCACCUGUUCAGUUAAAGUUUCAGUUUAGCCAGCAGUGCCCUUAAAGCAAAGAUCAUGUUGGUGCACGCUAACUCACGCAUACAGAGGACUCUCACUAAUGCUGUCAUAUGAGCAGCGGUGGCAUACUGGAACAACGGUGCGGUUAUGUACAUUUUGUAAAUGGUGCCUGACUCCCUAAAAUCUCAGACCUUACAUGUGAAGGAGAAUUCUGUUCAGUUUUUGUUACGCUGCAUUUUAUGUCACAAAAUAGAAUUCUAGCAGCUAAUGCUAACGCUCUUGUUGAGUUUAUUUCUUUUCUUAAGCCUUUAUAACCCCAUGACUCACACCAGGGUUAAUUAUUAUCUCCUCUGACCUGUGUGAGUGUCAUUAAUGAUUAUUAUACAAAAUGCUGACCAGGUGACUUUUAUUCUGAUGGUGCAGAGAUGUCACAGUUGGUUGAAGUCAAACGGAUACAGGAACGGCACAGAUUAAUCGGAAUUGAUGGCGGUUAUUCUUCGGAAAAGCAAUAAUUAAUUUUUGCAUUAAAUGUAGUUCCUGUAUAUCAGCAUUAGCCUUCUGAAUAAUGUUUUUGAGUAAAAGGUCUUAGUUAAAAGUAAGGAUUAUCAUCAGUAUUAACAUUUCUUCUUUUGUCCAUUUUGCACAGAAUUAAACUCUAAAUUGUAUCUUGCAAUUUAAUUUUUAAUAUUUGGUGUCAGUUCAUACUGCAAAGAAAUACUUGAACAUUGUUUCUUAGAACUGUUCUUAUGUGUUGAUCAAAGAGUAAAUUUCCCACAUCUGUAAGGUUUAAACCAAGUCCUCCAAAAUGUAACUUCAUGUGUACAGACUCAAUGUGUCUGUCUAUCAAAUGUAAUAUAAUGUAAUGCAGAUCUUAAAACUGUAGAUUCCCUUACACUGUUAAUGCAAAUGAUGAUAAACUUAAAAAUCAAAAUGUG